GCAGGGCAAACGCAAGAUACGUAGCUAAUCUUUAUCUCUCUAAAUCUAAAACCAUGAAACUUUCUAGUCUGAGUGCGGCUGCUGCUGCUCUUAUGCUUCUUCUUCUUCUUUUACUGGCUGCAAGUUCAGAGGCCGCAAUAACAUGCAGUGACGUAACCAAGGACCUUAGACCAUGCCUGAGCUACCUUGUAAGUGGCUCAGGGAAACCACCUGCUGCAUGUUGUGCUGGAGCCUCAGCCCUCGCAUCUGCUGUGUCAACCUCUGCUGAUAAGAAGGCUGCAUGUGCCUGUAUUAAAUCGGCAGCCCAGAAAAUUAAUAUCAAAUCCCAGUUGGCCCAAGCUCUCCCUGGGAACUGUGGGAUCAACUUGUCCUUCUCUAUUUCUCCAAAUACUGACUGUUCAAAGAUUGGUUGAACCAUUGAAGCUGAAGCAGCUUGAACAUUUGGAAAUAAAAGGAGUUCUCUUAAUCCGUACCGAUAUGCAUAUAGAAAAACCCAGUUCUGCCCGUGCGUAUUACAAUCCUGAAGAUCUGCUCAUGCAUGCAUCUUUCGGACCCCUCUACGAAAUAAAGUAAAAUCUAUCUAAAAUUAAUACAUGGCCUGAGUGUGUUAAUUUUCUGCUUAAUUACUAGUUUGUUCCUAGCGCGCUUGUUCUGGAUUAAAUAAGAGUUUUGCCCCUAAAUAUAUUACAUGGGAAUGAAGACAAUCAUUUGUGUUGUACUC